AUGUCUGUGCAAACAAAUCUCGAUUCCUUAUCGACAAUUUAUGAAUAUCACGCCCUCAAAGAUUUUCUCAUAAUUCGUCUGAUUUAUCAUGAAGUUUGUUCGUCGGAUUUCAUCCAACAAUCGUGGAUUGAAUAUCUAUACGAUGAACAAAGCAUUACCAAUCAAAACUAUCGCGCAGUGGCGGCCGCACAGUUCCAAGUUCUCAAUUAUUUGUGUAUAAUAGCAGAUGGGACAAUCCAGGAGAGUUUAGUACAAUUUUACUCCACAAAGUUCAUUACCAAUGACUUUAUUCCAUUUUCAUUGUUUCAAACUCAAACGGAUUCAAUCGUUGACAUUUUUCAAAAGACACUCUCACAAACAUUCAAACGACCGUUUGAAAUGACUCAAGAUCUUCUCCAAGGCAAUUCUUUGAUGUCGGUGUUUCAAACCAAUUGGAAAUUCACCGUCUUGAAGACCAGUUCUUGGUCGCCGAUCUACACAAAUCCAAUGUUUUAUAACCAAACAUGCAAUUGCGGAACAUCAUCGAAGUGUACUGAACCGGUUUUCAUCAAUAAUACACUUGUUGAUGGAUUGUACAUUGGUUGUUAUCCAGUUGAAACGAUGUUACAGUCAUCACUUCAGUGUUUCUAUAACCAAACGUGUUUACAGAUGAUUUUAUCGUAUUUUGGAGAAUUACCGAAGAAUGUGACGCUUCGAGUGCUUUCAGUGAGUAAUCAAUAUGGGAUUGACGAGACAAUUCAAGAAAUGGUCGAUCGAUUGUUCGUGGAUCAAUGGAUCAUAAAUCAGUCGUAUGAAAACUAUUUUCUAAAGUGUCAACCGACGUACUGCACUUAUUCAUACAUUGAGUAUUUCAAUAUUUUUUAUACUGUAACAAUGAUUCUUGGAUUAUACGAUGGAUUAACUGUUCUGUUGAGAAUUCUUGUUCCAUUGAUGAUUUAUUUCCUCUUUCGGAUUUUUUAUAAAACGAAGAUUUCUAAUUGUCCACUAACACAAUAA